AACCAUGACCAAUCUACAACGCUGGCUGUUCUACGCAUCCCUCUUUGCGAUUCCCUAUCUUUCCGUUCUCUUGGGAACUGUGCAAACGCCAUUGACUACCAAGUAUUUCCUGCACAUUCAGCUUCUGCCACUUGUGCUCCUCGUGAUUUUUGGGAUCUAUUCCGUCUGGACUGUGCUGUAUAGAACUCUGACUUUCAACGAUUGUCCCGAGGCCGCCAAGGAGCUGCAGGAAGAAAUUCUGGAGGCUCGCAAGGACUUGAUAGCCCAGGGAUUUCGGUUUCGGGACUAGGGGACUUCCAGCUCCCAGGACUUGUGCAUGUUAAUCUGUAAUUCCAUUAUUUAUAAAACCAAAAAUCAAGCAAAUGUA